AUGAAUGGGAAAAACCACACCACCGUGACUGAGUUCAUCCUCCUGGGCUUAACAGACUCUAGUGAACUUCAGAUUAUUCUCUUUGUGUUAUUUUUGGUAAUUUAUACUCUCACUGCUGUGGGUAAUAUUGGAAUGAUUGUACUUAUCAUUCUAAACUCUCGACUGCACACUCCCAUGUAUUUCUUCCUGAGUAACUUGUCAUUUACUGAUGUAUGUUAUUCAUCCACCAUUGCUCCAAAGAUGCUGACAGAUUUAAUGUCUAAGAGGAAAACCAUCUCUUUUGCUGGCUGCUUUCUACAAAUGUAUGUCUUCAUUGCCUUGGCCACUACAGAGAGCAUACUCUUUGGAUUAAUGGCCUAUGAUCAUUAUGUAGCUAUUUGUAACCCAUUACUCUACACUGUUACCAUGUCCAGGACUGUCUGUCUAAAGAUGGUUGAAGGGGCCUAUACAGCAGGAUUACUUAAUUCUAUGAUCAACACAAGUUAUUUAAGUAGCUUAUCAUUUUGUGGUUCCAAUGUUAUUCCUUUUUUUUGUGAUAGUCCCCCACUCUUUAAAAUUUCUUGCUCUGACACACACAUGAAUGAAAGUAUUUUUUCUAUGUGUGCUGGAAUAAAUAUGGUAGGUACAGUGCUGAUCAUCUUCACUUCCUACAUCUAUAUUCUUGUCUCUAUCAUGCGCAUGCAUUCCAGGGAAGGAAGGCACAAAGCCUUCUCAACUUGUGCCUCUCAUCUUACAGCCAUCAUAUUAUUUUAUUCAACCGCCAUCUUCACUUAUCUGAGACCUAGCUCUAGCUAUUCGUUGAAUCAAGAUAUAGUGGCUUCUGUGUUCUACACAAUGGUGAUCCCUAUGUUGAACCCCCUGAUCUAUAGCCUGAGAAACAAGGAGGUAAAGAAGGCCUUGAAGAAUGUAAUUAUGAGAAAAAGGAUUCCUGCUUUCAUUUGA